UUAAAAAUUGAAGGGAAGUUCGUGGAUUCACACUCUAGGACGGAUGAUAUAUACUGUCUCCACAAUUGACGGUAAACAAUCCAGUCUCUCAACCGACUGAGUUCCACCAAGUCUUUCAACGACUUCCCAACAAUAAUGUCUUCCUCACACAACUGGCCCUCACAGCCCCUCCUCAACGUGGACGUGUUCAAAGCGGCCGGUGCAAAUGCCAACACCCGAUCCAAUGCCCUCGCGCUCUCCAACAAUGCAUACCAGCGUGCGGAGCUUAUCUGGAAGACUUGGGGUCUCACUUUUGAGGACAUCGUCAACCUCAGCCCCAAGUUCUGGAAGAUCCACAAUGAUCCCAUUGCCUGGCACGAUGGUUCCUCCAUCACCAUCAUGACGAUCCAUCUCAAUCUUGCUGUGGGUACCAUUGGCACAUACGCUGCGGAUCGUCCCGAGUUGCAAGCUCUAUGCAAGGAUAUGAUGGAUUGCAAAGCAAUUGGUCAAUUCCUUCUCACUGAAGCCGGUCAUGGUUUAGACGCGACGAACCUCGAGACCACUGCUACUCUUCAGCCCGACGGCGCUUUCAUCCUCAAUUCUCCUAACCGAGCUGCUUCGAAGUAUAUACCCCCGACUGUCCCGGUUCUCGGUAAACCCUGCUACGCCGUCGUCUGGUCGCAGCUCGUCGUUGGUGGUGAGAAGCGCGGUAUCAGACCUUUUGUCGUCCAGCUUAACGACGGUGUUCAUAUGUGCAAGGGUAUCACUGCCAAACUGAUCCCUACCCGACAUGGUGCAACCCCGGUCAACCAUGCUAUCACCCACUUCACCCAGGUCCGCCUCCCGGAGUGGUCUCUCCUCGGACCCGUUGGGGACAAGCCUUCGACUCACGAUGAUUUCCUCGUUGCUAUCUGGCGUAUCUCUGUUGGCACUUUCACUUUAGCUUCGCUCGCCCUCCCGGCUACACAAAUUGCGGCCCACAUCGCGUAUAAAUACUCCCUUCGUCGUAAAGUCGGCAUUCCUGCCCAGCCUAUCAUCAGCUUCCGGACCCAGCAAAUUCCCAUUUUCACUACAGUCGCGCAGACGUAUGUCAUUGAGGCGUGGACGAAGCAUGCGAUUAGACACUUUAUGGAUCCUGCUGCGGACCGUCAAGCAAGGCAUGCGAUUACAACCAUCUACAAGGCGGUGGUUAUGGAGCAUGCACAGACUGCUCACUUCAACCUUUCGGAAAGGCUGGGUGCUCAGGGAUUGUUCGACUAUAACCAGAUCGUGACUCAGUUUGCUGAGAUAAGGGGUUUUGUAAUUGCCGAGGGCGAUGCCCUUGUUCUUGCCAUUCGUCUUGCUUCGGAGCUCCUGCAGGGUAAAUAUUCUGUUCCGGCACCUCUCUUCCCCAACAGUCUCCUUGCCCAGCACGAAAAGGGCAUCUUCGAAGAAGCCCGGGCCCUUGUCAAGAAGUAUGGACACCGGUCGAAACAGUAUGCGGAUUACAUCCUUCCUCGUUCCAAAGACCUCGUCGAAGCCAUUGGCCACCGGAUGGCACAUGAAAGUGCUCUGGUUGAAUGUAUCCCUGCUGUCCUGGCGGAUAUCUAUGAGGUUGUUGCUAUCCAGAAGGACGUCGGUUGGUACCUCGAGUCAGGUCUCCUCACCCGAGCUAGGAUUGCAGAUAUGCAGAACGCAGCGAUGACGAGUGCUGUGGGAGACAUGGAUGAAUGGGUUGACAGGAUGGGCGUUGCGAAGUGGGUGAAAGCGCCGAUUCUGACUGAGAAGGGCUGGGAUGAUUUCGUGGAUUCGAUGUAUACUUUCAGAGAGGCUCCGGAGGCAAUGGCGCUUUUGUAAAUGUGGGAGGGGAAAGGUCUGGGUGUAAUAUUAAGUAAUCCUUUUGUUGUUUUUAUGUACACAAUGACUUGAUUUUCUGUAUCUUACAUUUUAUCCGUUGCUGUCGUCCAUCAGACUCAGAGGACUCAAAUAAAUAAUCAGAGUCAUGCA